UUUAUUGUAAUUUGCUAACAACAGUUACACUAAAACCGAUAUUUCAAUAUGUCACGUCGUGGUAGCAACCGUGAUGCUCAUUCAAUAAGUUCUCUUGGUCUUGGGCCUUUAUCGAUGAACCGGAACGAACCACACCCGGAAGUUUGGACAUUGGUCAAUGUACAUCGAAUGGAAAAGCGAGAAGAUUAUGGAAAUUGGUUCCUGGAUAUACAAGCUUCGAUUUUAAACUGUGCAGAAAAAUUGACCGGCUUACUCGAAGAAUGCCCACAUCCCAAUGCUGCAUUUACACCGGACGAAUUAUCUGAAGCUCGUUACUCUAUCGCAUGGGAUACCGCUAGAUUGCAGCAGAGAGUUUAUCAAACAAGACUUCCCCCACCUCCAAUGAAACAUCGUAUAGUUUCAAUGGUAUCGGACAAUAUUCACCCAGGCUUGCGUUAUUAUUGAUCUGAAAAGACCUAGUCCGGACUCAGUUUACACUCUGCAGUAAUGUUACAUUUAAGACCUAAUUAUUCUAGUCUUCCCAGGUUUGCAAUAUCAUAGAGAUGCUAGAUUAAAAUUUCUAGAAUGACGUCAUAGUAAAAUAUGACAUCAUAAACGUUUCCACCAUUGACGUCACUGGCGGUAAAGUUAAACGUCGCUUGAAAAGUGUUAAAUUGUUUUAAAAGCCAUUCAAGACUGACAACAUUGCUAGUAGAAUUUUACAUUUUAAAUAGUUUAAUCGAAAAUUUAUUUUAUGCUUAAUUUUUAUGCUUAAUUUACGAAUGACUGACUAGCUUUGCCCAAAUGACCAAGACUGGCAAUCUCAUCGAAAAAUUGAAAUGAGUUGAAUUCUUUUCUAUAUUUUACAAAUGCGUAUGUAUCUGUCUGUUAUUUCAUUUAUAAUCGCCAGCAUGCCUAGUUAUUUGAAUCAUAUUUAUCAUGAAGAAAUGAAAAUCUUCAAAAAAGUACUGGCGUAGAAGCUAUUUAACUUGGAAACGCCAAGCUUUGUGCGUUAUUAGCAACUUAAUUCUAAUGUUUCAUGUAGGCUACGUCCGAAUGGCAACUCCAUAUAUCAUUAUUUCUAUCAUGUUGGCAUACGUUGCAUAUUUUGCAUGUUUGCAUUUUGUAAGAUAUUGUUUACUACACUAAUAACCCCUUACAAUGAGACAAAUAUAGGUUGUUGGAAAAUUUGAGAUUUCACUGAUUUUCCCUGUAAUUAUUUGCGGGUUUUCACUAGAAGACACGCGUCCCAAUCUUCAAACGUAUGUAAAUGAGUACAACUACGAAAAGAUCGAUAGUCGUUCACUGCUCAUGGGUUCGGGGUGUACGGCCUUUAAUGCA